AUGCGAUUUGAUCACCAACGCCUUAACUUUUUGCUGCGAACAGUGUACUGCAUCUCCGAUCUGCCACUGCAGGACUUGUACUGCCUGGCGUAUGCGCCGGUCCAGGGCACUUGCCUCAUGGAUCUGGGGGAAGACGAUUUCACCCCGGAGACCCUACAGAAGGAGCUUGCAUACCUGGAAAAGUUCACCACCACGAGCUUGCAGACCUUCAGCAAGUUUUUUGAAACAGCUGACUUGUCGAGCCCUGAAGGUGCUGCCGCACUUUAUUGCCUGACAUCUUUCUUCAACCGUAUGCAGGAUCUUUCCUUAAGGGCGGGCACUCUGGCAGGAGAACUUUUGGGUUUGAAUAAGGUUGAGUACAUUGACAAUCUUAAGAAGCUAGCAUCGAAAGCCAAGGCUCAAGGAUUGCAGCCGGAAGAUAACCGCAUUGAAGAUAUCGUUGAAGUUGAAAAGGAUGCAGAAUGGGAAGUCCCCGCUGCGGGAAAGGGAAAGGUGGAGUUCAGGCAUUCAGUAUCAAUGGUAGCUCACAGGGAUACAGGUGAUGGUGUUGAAGAGGUGUCGCACCAACCGGUCAAGCCAGAAUUCACGAGGAAAAAGGUGCGAAAGGCAACGGGAUACGCCAAAUUCAACUUUGCUGCUGAAGAGCUUCAAAAUUCGGCGAGCAAAUCUGAUGGCGAAACUGAAGAUACAAACAUGGGAAGCCAAAGCUCGGUCUCAAAGACAGUACGCUGGUUAAUAAAUACGUGUGAGACGACCGGCGAUUCGGGUGGGAGUGACAACGAAGUUAUUCGCCGCAGCUCUUCUGUGUCACUUGGAACCGUGCAAGAGAUCCAGGAUAAGGAUGCCGACGAAAAUUGGCAUGACUCAGAGCGCCAUUCUGGUCGCUUCGCCCGCAUCCGAGGCCGCAUCCCGACGGGCCAUGCAUCGCUGAUGAAGUCAAGUAGUGAUGACAUGCUGGAUGUCUUGCUAGCAGAGGAUUCAGAAGAAGGCCGCCGCGCCAGGGAGCUGCUCUUGCACAACACGCAGCUCAAUUCCGCCUCACCUCCAUUAUCUCUUGGCAGUUCAAGUGAAUCCAUUUCCUCUAGAGUUGACAUGGGUUCUCUAGAUACCAUCCCCAGCGAGGCACUCAGCUCCCCAAAUGCUGCAAACGAAAUGAGUAGUGCGAGAUCAGGUCCAGAGCCUUUGGAUGAUUCUUGUAGUGUCAUGUCCAUCUUAGAGAACCCAAUUGGGGUAGACAACGCAAGGGGUUCAGAACGGCCUGCGGUGCGAUUUCCUCAAAUACCCACCGUCCUUAUCUAUGCUCUAGAGCUUGCUUGUGAAUAG